UACAUCUUGGUGGUACCGAUCACAUGAUGUGGUACGCCAACAAUCGACGUAAGGGGCUGCCCUGCCGUAAAACGUAAAACUCAGCCCCACAUAGCGAUCUACUGCCGUAAUUUACCAUAACAAACUAAAAUACGGCAAGGUCUCCACGUGAGUGCGCAGCGUGUGGUGUUUCACUAGUGGGUGAACUUCUUAUAAUAGGUUUGUUUAUCGCUGACUCUUUCUUAAGUAGCUUAUAUGGAGGAAUCAGAGCUUAAAUGUGUCGAUUUAGAUGGCGAAGACGGUACAAAGGAAAUGAGAGGAACGAAACGGAAAAUAUCAUUGUCAAGCUGCGAAGCGUGUGGAGCAGAAGAAGCUAAAUACAGAUGCCCAGCGUGUCUGAAACACUCUUGCAGCUUGCCCUGCGUAAAGAAGCACAAAUCAGAUUCGGGAUGCACUGGAGUGCGGGACAAGACUGCGUUUGUGCCCCUGUCCCGCUUUGAUGAGAUGACCCUCCUCAGUGAUUACAGGUUUCUGGAGGAUGCUGGGAGACUGGCGGACAGCAUUGCCAGGGACCGCCAUCGCCUGCCGCAACAAAAAAACCAAAAAGCCCGCACACUGAGACUGGGAGCUCACAGACUCAACCUGCAGCUGAUGCUGCUACCUAAUGGCUUUACAAAAAGACGGGAGAACAGCACAUUCUUCAACAAAAGAGAGUGCCGGUUUUACUGGCAUGUGAAGCUCCUUUUUCCAGAAAGCAGCACAGAAUACAGGGAGAGAAGGGUGCCAGACAACAGAACACUUAAGGAGAUCCUCACUCCAUACAUCCACCCUACAGAGUCCGAGCCAGUGAAACGACAGAAGUUGAAAGUCUACGUGCGUGACUCCUUUGACGGUGUAAGGGUUUUUAUGAAAGUGGAAAACAGGAAGUAUAACUCCAUGAGGGCCGGACCGGGUCGGGUGUGCGACGCUCGCUGUGUGCGAUAUCACGAACUGGCCCUUCAGGACACACUUUUGGACAACCUGAGGAACAAGACCGUUAUCGAAUACCCGGUGUUACACGUUUCACUGCGGGACCACUGUGAGAGAUACGUCCUGCUUGAAAAAGAGGUCAGGGGUGGCAGCGUGACCCCCUGCAACGUCAAGACGACUAGCGGCAUCACCGAACCAGCCAUCGUGAAAUCAAGGUCGUCACUGGGCAGGGAAGACGAGGAGCUCGAGGAAGGAGAGAUCUCUGACAGCGAGUGAGGAGGCCGCUGGCCGGGGCUGCCAAAUAUCAGGCGGCUUAUUUCAUGAACGAGGACGCACUCAAUGAGCCUGACUGAAUCAGUUACCCAUUUACUGUAAAGCCUAAAAAAACAAGCCACCAACACCCCUCCCACCUGCCUGGGUCUUCUGCACACAUUCCAGCGUUUCUGUUCUCCUUCGCGGGAUCCCUGAGCUUUCAGUUCAUUGAACACACACAUAUACAUGUAUACGUUCUCUCUGCUGGUGGCUGGGAUUGUACCCUGUGUACAAACAAGCAUGCAGUCUAGCUUCACAGAAUCGUUCUGGCUGUCCUCAUAGCUUUCUCUUUCCAUGUCGUCAGAUGGGAAUCAUUUUAGGGGCAUGUCGUCUGCUCUCUUUCAGAGAUGCCUUUAUUGUGGCGUCUUUUAAUUGAUAAUUUGCAUGAAAUGUCACGCAAUGGCCGUAGUAUGUUUAGAAUUUGUUUCUCUGGCAUGUUAGUGGUUUUUUUUUUUGUUUUGUUUUGUUUUCUGUAGCUAAAAAACAAAUGUUCUUGGAUAUGUUUCAGCCAAUUGUAACAAAGCCUGAACAAGGUCAAAACCAACCAAGGCAUGUGGUGAGGUACGAUUUGCUGAUGAAAGUGAGGUUGUUGGGCAGUCUUGUUGAGUCAGAAUUAGGAUGUUUGCUCUCUUGUGGGAUGGUGUUCCGGCUCAGGUUUAAAAAUAGCUCUGCGGCCUGGAAACGUGGUUCUUGCAGAGCUGGUCUUCAUUUUCGAUAUUGGUUCUUGUGAUCUUGAUCUGUUGAUGCUCCCCCCCCCCCCCAACCUAGAGAACGUUCUAGAGCAGGAUCAAAAAGAAAGAUCAUAAGCACUUUCUAAAUGUUCUAUCUGCUGGAGAAAGACCGUACAGUGUAUAGCGUGUAAAUUAAGUGAAGGAAACGCACACUUUUGGGUGAGUAUCAGCCCGUGAAGUGAACCAGAAACGCAGCGGCCGCAUCAAAGGUCAGGGUUUCGCUUCGCUGAAACUCGUUCAUUAAAAAAAAACAAACUGCUGAUUUACAGACACUAACACCCCCGUCCAAUAAGUAAGAUUCAUUUCUUCAACCUAAUAAAAGGGAAAAAGUUUUAUUGGCGACAUAUGAUGUUCGCACUAAAGCUCAUAAUUGAACAAGAUUUCUCAUCUUUUGUCACUGCAGUAGCUGUUUGAGUUCCUGAAGAGCACUUGACACGACACUCGGGUUUUGAGUUUGUCGAAGCUAAUUGAGCCAUUAGCCAGUGCUCUCUGGUUUGCAUUUGCGACUUAAGCAUCUCUGCAUGAUAAAUGAGCUUGUAAGAGUUUCUACAGACCAAGCAAAAGGAGCUCGGCUGCAGACAGAAGCGCUGUCACCCCCGGCAGUGAGCGACAUUUUUUCGUAACCAGGCGCUUGCCGCCCCGAUGGAGCUGGCGGUGUGAGAAAUGUGAAAAUGAGCCGUAGGAAUCUGCUGGAACGUGUUUGGCCCAUGAUGGCAAGUUCACAGGGUGGGGGUACACUAAAUUGUCAACAGAGAGGAGUGUGUCACACAUGCUUUCUGUGCUGAGAUCACCGGCUGUGACCAAUGUAAAAAGAAACGCCAUCUGCUAAAUGCUAAGCGCUAAAAAUGGCCAAUUAUAUACCCCUGCGAAAGCACCUAUAAAAGAAACUAGCUCAAUUAAAAGGAGGCAGUACAAGCUUUCCCAGCAGCCAUCUCCUCAGGAAGUGCCCAGACUCGGUUUUGUCUAAAUGCUGCGUUCUCUAAUUACCUAAUAGAGCUCCUUAAUUUUACUUGACGUUAACAUAAUAUGGGAGGCUCAACAAAACUGUCUUAACUAACUUUUAGCCAUAAAAAUCCAUAGUAUUAAUGUUAUCCUAUCCCUAAGGUACCCUAGCCUUUGGUCCUGUGCUACCUGGGGCCUUUCUCACAUUCCUGGUUUGAGGAAGAAUUUCAACGGAUGUGUCUCUUUUGGGAAGAGCGGGAUCUCUAGUCUUUUGACUGGCCUUUGUUUGACAGGAUUGUCGAGGUCAGUGUUUGUGUGCCUGCCAAGACCUCUCUGGUACGUCUGUGUUAGACGUUAAGAUGAACAGGUGCCAUUUGACGCAGUACUGGCUUUGCCUUGCCCUUGCGGAAAAGGGCGCAUGUAGCCGGAUCCUGGGGAUGGGUGAGUCCCAUCCCCAAAACGGAACUCGGAACCCAGGCUGAAUCCCACAGGAUAUCCACCAAGAUCCGUCUUACUCUGGCAUGUCUACGGCUCAUUAAUAACGGAAAUUCAAGAGAGAUGUACCGAGACCGUCCCUAAGCGACCCAAGUAAACAUGUGGGACCAAGCCGGUAUUUAUAUACCCGCUUUCCCAAAGUGCUUCCCUUGAGCUCCUUAAGGCAGUGAUUCCCAAUCCGGACCAUGGGGACCUACAGCAGUCCACACUUUCGCUCCCUCCCAGCUCCAAAUAGGGAGCAAAAUGUGGAUUGUUUGGCAGGCAGCUGGGAGGUAGCAAAAAUGUGGACCGUCUGUGGAUCCCCAGGUUAAGAGACAUUGUCUUAAGGCAGGGGUAUCAAGCUCCAGUCCUGGAGGACCAGAGCCCUGCGCAGCUUUGGGUUUGCCCUCAUUUAACACCUGAUUAACUGCUUGUGCUAAUUACCACACAGCUUUUGAGCUGAAUCAUUUGUAGUGAAAUAGGGAAAGAACUGAGCUACACAGGGCUCCGGCCCCCCAGGACUGCAGUUUGACACCCCUGGCUUAAGGCAUUACACCCCACCCAGUCUGCACCCAGUUCUCUGUUUAUCAUAACCAGAUUCCUGCAGUGAAAAAUAGCGGUUCCUCCAUCAGGCUUCUUUGUAUAAUGCAUCUACAUGAGCCUUGAAUUAAACCCCCCCCACCCUUUUUGUGGGUGACAUUUCCAUUUCUCUGAGAUACUUUGGAAUCUAAUUUGAAAUCAAAAAUGUAUGAAAUUUAAAAACGAGUCCUGCAGGCUGUAGAAAUCUCAUUGUGUGAAGCUAUACCUUCGUAGAUUAAAAUUUUAUUGAUCUUUUGUGUUGAACUGUCCUGCAGCCCUUGCUGCCACCAUUUUUUUUUUUUUAAGUAGCUGUGGUUUCCAAGGCCACCACCAUAUGGCCCCUAAUCUGGUUGCAUUUUAUCUAGGCUGUAAAAAUUCUUUUUCUCUUAGGUCCUCAUUAACGUUUCACUUCAACUUUUGAAUAACAAACCGGAAAACAGUAAAAUAUGACGUAGGGUUGUAGCACCUUCCAGAAUGCUGUAAUGCACAUUUCUGCCAUGUACACUUAAUGAAAUUUAAAUGUUAAUGAGUCAACUUUUGUCUUUUUUUGAGAGUGUGGUUCUUGAGGAUUUUUGGGGGGGCUACAUCAUGUGAGAAGGUUAUUGAAUGGUCUCUCUGGCUCUUGCCUUGCACUGAUACUGUCACAGGUGUAGAUGACACUGCAGUCCUCGUGUCCCAGUGUCCAUGGGACUUGGUGAUUCAGUUGGGAGCCUCAUGGCCUCACCCCCCAGGAAUACGGGACUUGGUGAUUCAGUUGGGAGCCUCAUGGCCUCACCCCCCAGGAAUACGGGACUUGGUGAUUCAGUUGGGAGCCUCAUGGCCUCACCCCCCAGGAAUACGGGACUUGGUGAUUCAGUUGGGAGCCUCAUGGCCUCACCCCCUAGGAAUACACCCCAGGGUGUCCCUGACGUCAUACCCUGAGCUUCAUGAGAUACGCUGCAGGUUCAUCAUGAUCCUGUGUUGUUGCAGUAUCAGCGAUGGAUGGAUGAUUAACAAUAAAAUGUCCUCCUUUCAUACA